AUGCCGACAGAACUCCCCUACGCCGCAGAUGCAGAAAUGUCCCUCACCUACGACGAGCUUGACGUCCUUCGCCUCCAGUAUCUGAAGGAAGUCGCUCAAGACCAUGUCACCACUCAGACCAAGUUCAACUAUGCCUGGGGUCUCGUAAAGAGUCCAAUGCGCGAGCACCAGGUCGAGGGUGUGAGGUUGCUGCAAGAGAUCUACCGCACAGAGCCUGCGCGGAGGAGAGAAUGCCUGUACUAUCUUGCGCUUGGACAUUAUAAGAUGGGGAACUUUGAAGAAGCGCGCAAGUUUAAUGGUACGAUUAGGGUCUUUGUGUCACCAGUUAUCGCUCAUCACCCCGCAGCACUGCUCCUGGAGAAGGAGCCUACAAAUAUGCAGGCUCAAAGCUUGGGACAACUGAUAGACAAGGGCGUCACUCGAGGCAAGUCGCUUAACUCUUCGAUCUUCGUAUGCUAA